AUCACAUUGUCAACUGUGUAAUGCGGGGCCCGGUACGUGCAUUGUCAAUGCGUAUAGUCUACAGCUAGCUGGGGUAUCCCGCCUGGCCGGGCCGGGCUAACCCACGUGCGAUCGGCUGGGUGUGUGACGAGUCACCCGUCCGUGUAUAAAUAGCCUCACUAACUCGUACCGGCUGUCAGUAGGCCUUGCAAGCAGCCCAACGUUAGCGCCGGCACACCACAUAAUCACACCACUCACCCCAUCAAGAUCAGCACUCCAUUACCUCACACCGGCCUCAUCGUGAAAACUCGUUUUCUCGUCGGAUAUUAGAUAAUAUUUUUUGUAGUUUAAGUAACCCAAUAUGGCCGGGAUGAGCGACGAUCCGAACAUUGCGAAACUCUUCCAAUCCGUACAGAGGGAGUAUCCAGAUCCCGUCAAAGCAAGAGUCCAAGGCAAGCUACCGGAAUGGCUAGAAGGAAGCUUGAUCAGGAACGGGCCCGGGCUCUUCGAGGUCGGCGAGACCUCGUACCAGCACUGGUUCGAUGGCCUCUCCCUCCUCCACCGAUUCAGCUUCCAGAAGGGCAAAGUCACAUACCAGAACCGAUUCCUCCGUAGCGACGCCUACACCAAAGCCAAGAAGUACAACAAGAUCAUCUACGGAGAGUUUGGUACCAUGGGCAUCCCGGACCCUUGCAAGAACAUCCUGGAGAGGUUCGUCAGUCACUUCGUUCCCGUUAGUACUACCGAUAAUAACCUGAUCAACUUCUACAAGAUUGGAGAUGAGGUAUAUACGUCGUCCGAGACCAACACGCCCAUCAGAAUCAACGUGAAUGAUCUAAGUACAGGACCAAAGAUUGAUUUGUUUGGCGCCUUUUGGACAAUGACCGCUACUGCGCAUGGGCAAGUCGAUCACGAUGGCACCACGUACAACGUAGGCACGUCGUACUUCACCGGGUGUAAUUAUAAUAUCAUCAAGUUCAAUCAUAAAUGUAAAGAAGACCCCACCAAGUCCGCCAAGAUUGUUUGCACCAUCCCGGCCCGCUACAAGACCCGUCCCUCCUACUACCACAGCUUCGGUAUGACGGAGAACUACUUCGUCUUCCUGGAGCAGACGCUCUUCAUCAACGUUCCCAAACUGGCCACCUCUGUCCUCCGUAAGAUUCCCGUGUGUCAAACCUUGGAAUACGACCGUACGGACACUUCUCUCUUCCACGUCAUCCGGAAGACCACGGGGGAGAUUCUCCCGGUCAAAUUCGCGGCUGGUCCGCUCUUCGGCAUGCACAUCGUCAACUCGUACGAGCAGGACGGACAGAUCGUCUUUGACAUCUGCUGUUUCCCUGACGACUCUCUCAUCAAGAAGUUCUACCUGGAGUAUCUGAGACACGGGGACCAACAAGGAAAGAGGAACUUUCCUCGUGCCCAGGUGCGGCGGUUCGUCUUGCCCAUAAACGUGGACCAGAAAACAGCACCCCCUGGCGUCAACCUCGUGACCCUCCCAGACACAUCAGCAACAGCAGUACUGCAAGAUGAUGGCGUCAUCUUCUUGAAACACGAAAUCAUCUCUCCCAUAGGUUUUGACAUGCCCAACAUAAACCAACGCGUCAACGGACGACCCUACAGAUACGCCUACGGAAACUGCAACAGAGAACUUGGGGAAUUCGUGAACACUAUUGUCAAGGCAGAUGUCAAAACGAGAAAGUGCGUGGUGUGGCAUGAGGAGUAUUGCUAUCCGUCCGAACCCGUGUUCGUCGAAGCCCCGAAUGCGGUCAAUGAAGAUGAUGGUGUCAUUCUUUCAAGUGUCCUCAAUUCGCAGACGGGCAGAGCCUUCCUACUCGUCCUCGACGCCAAAAACUUAAAGGAACUCUCCCGUGCCCACCUUCCGGCUGAUGUCGAAUGCCCUCUAUCAUUCCACGGACAGUUCGUGCACUGACGAGCCCCUUUAAUUACCAUCUUGGUAUACAGCCUCAACUGAUAUGAUUCCAUCUUCAGAGGGUCCAACUUUUCUUCUUCGUUUUUUGGUACCACUUGGCUGUCCAUACGUGUUUCUAUUUAUCAACUUCUGACUGAUGGAAUGCCACGUGGUACUUUGUACAAAACAGACUACCCGAGGACAACUACUGACAUUUGAAUUAAGAUAAUUUUGAACAAAAAAACACUUUAGUUCCAAAAUCAUUAUGACUGAUUUAAGCUACUUUGUGCGAGUCUACCCAACUUCACUUGCUUAGAACAUGGCAGCUAGGCAAGUUAGGUAAACAUUUUUCGAAGCCGUAACAUCACCCUGUCGUCUGAACAAAUAGCUGCUGAAAUAGGUCUACUGACCACACAAAUAUAUGACUUUCACUGAAAUAGUCGGUGUCCGCGGAGUGGACACCGGUAAGCGGCCGCGCCACUGACUUGGCUGCCGUUGGAGGCCCACCAGUCCCAUACCUGCACGCUGCUCGUCACUCACGGUGGGCUUCGGACUCCAAACAUUUUACCUCAACCAAACCAGGCUGUGGUUCCCUUUCCUCUUGCAUACUCUCUAGUUCGGUCUAGUUCCCGUGCUCACCGUGAAAACCACCAAGAUACAUGACAAUCAUUCCAACAAAGUAGCAACCAAACUACAUGUGUGUAUUAAUCUCGUGCAUGGUACGCGGCAAAUUGCUUCAAACCUGUGAUUUGAAGCUGAGUAUAGUUUUUUUUUCAGAUUCUGCAAAACUGAAAAAAAAAUACAGUGCUCUGAAGGAUAUUUUUUUCGGACACCUUUUUUCCAUACCUCAAAAGCAAUGGGUGAAACUCAAUAAUGUGGGAAUUUCAAACGGAGGAAAUAACAUCAAUGUUUUUUAUUUGUGCUGCUUAAGAACGAAAGAUAGGCCUAUUGGUUAUGUGCAAUAUUAACUUAAAUUAAUGAUUAUUUAAAAAAAGAAAAAAAACACUGCCAAAAUAGAAGGAUUAACUUUUAACUAGUAAUUGAUAAAUGGCGACGUCGCUGGUGAUCCGGCGAUGCUAUAUUAGAAAUGGAACGUGUUGAGCAGGGUACCAGGUUUUAUGAUACUUGAUAAACUAGGUAGAUGAGCUGUGUGGUUUCUUUCAUAAGCUGUAUGUGCGUUCUAAUCGUGUUCCCAGAAGAAGCGGUAAAUUUCAAAGGCGAGGUUCGGCAUUUCAUCACAGGUAUCGGUCUAUUUUUGGCCUCGGUACCUCGUUCAGGUGUGGUUCUCAACUAAGUUGUUUUACAGAGGCCAAGAUGAUAUGCCGGGGGGCUUACACAUUCCUUCCCAUCUCAGAACUGUACCUGUUUGUCUACGAAUCUCGUAUUAGUCUCUCAUAUGAUUUAAGACCUUUUGCCAAGACGGAGAUAUUAAUUAAACAAUUAAUUUAAAGUACUUAAAGCAUAAAUUUAAGAUAUUUUAUUCUUUGCUAGCGUCUCUUUAAGUUGCGACCAGGGUAUCGAAAAGUAGUUCAAUAUUUGAAUGAUAUUUUCGGUUGUGUAUUCUCUAUUGUCCUUAUCAAUAUUGAUAAGAAAAUAGUGUUUACUGAUAAGGCAAAGUUUAGAAGCACGAACAAGGCAAACUUCAGAAACUACCGGUUCAUUGUCACCUUGCUGGUGGAUUGUUUCUGCAAACUUUGUGGGACCUGGAAGUUGUAACGUUGACUUUCAUCCAGCGUCACCAGCGAAACAUUAGUGUCAAGUAGUGGGCCUAUGACUGGGCCCCUGUUGGCAAAGCACAAACUUUUUCUAAGCAAUAGGUGCCUACUUUUUGACUAUAAGCUCUAUGAAUUUUUACCACUGUUUGUGUUCAUUGAAUGUUUUUUGGUGUCAUUCCGUGUUUGAUGAAAUUUCCACUCCGUAUAUUAGUUGCAGUUAUACGGAGAAAAAGAUUAUUUAUUAGCUUUCAAAGCCAUACUGCAAAAUGCUCAGUGUGGUUUUCGUUAAGUAUGACACUAUUACUUAUUAGAUGCUAUGCUGCAAAUAGAAAACAAAAAGUUGUGACAUGAAUGUUUGAAAUUGAAUUUUGGUACAUGUCUUCGAAUUAAUUAACUAUAAUGCUGCAUUUAUCAUUAUUGGUUAAACGUUAGGCGACUUCAAGUUUUCAUGUCUUAACAAAAAGUAUAUUGUUAACCAACUGUACGUUUGUUUGCCUGUGCCUUGUAUUUGCAACUCAAUUGGACACGCUCGAUAUUUUGCCAAACUUAAGAUGAAGUUAUAUAUUAUUUAUGGAAAUAGGUUUGUUAAAAGCUGUGAUGUAGCGACAUUGUAUUAUUAGAGCAGGUUUAUUUUGUUUAUUUAUGAAUGUAGCAACUCAAAGUUAUAGAGAACUAGCCUUUUUUUGGUCUAUUUAAUUCGUUAGAGAUAUAAAUAGGUAAAAAAUAAUACAAUGUGAAGUCAUUGAAUGAACUUUAUAUCGAAAUUUUCAUUUUAUGCAACAUAUAUUGUUUGUUCUCUGCAAAAUGCGACUGAUUGUCAUUGAUGGUGACUUUCGAUCGAUAAAACUUUUUUUUAAACUCUAAUGAUAAUUUAUUCAUUAUUGUUUUCUGGAAGUUUAUUAGAGCAAAGUUCAAGUUCAAGGCUCCGAUGUACCAGGAACAGACAAUGCUUAAAAUCAAUGUUCAAUUGAUAAAGGACUGAACUUUGGAUAUGAACGUUUAAUAUGGAUGACAAAGCUAUAUUAAUAAAAGGAAUUGCUAACCAUGCGAAAAUUAUCAGCGCACGAAUGUCAGAUUUAAAAACAAAUAUUGUAAUUUUUCAAAUUCAAUUUACUUUGUAACGAAACAA